CGGCGCUUUGUUUUGUCUCACGGCUGACCAGUUGCAGUUCAUCGCCACAUCCUCUCUCUCUCUAGGUUUUGCAAACUCUGAGCGAACAAAAAAGCAGCGAAAAUGGAGAAGCAAGGCAGAGGAAGGAGCAAGAGGAGAGGAUUGGAGGAGAACACGAUGGCGAUUCUCGACACCUCCGGCUUCAACCGGGACUCUCGCCACCGUAACGAUGACCGGCUUGCUUUUCUGGAAGCUGUCCGCUCAGCUUCUCUAGUUCCGGAUGAUGCAAUUGCUCCUACUAAAACAAUGUUUGGAGCAAUUUUUCAAAUUCUCAAGGAUGAGAGUACAUUGGAACUCGUAGUAGCAAGCUAUCAACUUUUAAAUGAGUUGGAUAAGCGUUUUCCUCGGGUGUACUUUCCCAAGAUAGAUAAAUCAUAUUCAUCUCCAUCAACUAAAUUUCAAGAACUAGUCUUGGUUGAAGAUUUGGUCUCCAUUUAGUUUUGGUUUGGAUAGUGAAAAGGAUGAAAUGAGUACUGACUCAGGAAGAUCAAUUAACCCCUUGGACUUUCAUUCUCUGGUGCAAACCAUUGGUGAAGUGGUCGAGAAGAAGCCUGAGGCAUCAAAUAUUAAGGCAUUUAGGAACAUGUUGUUGUUUCAGUAUCUUGUAAAUGUUCUUGAAAGAGAUAUGCUACCUCGUAAUGGUGCGUACAAAGAAAGUAUGAACUGGAAUCUUAUGCGGGAGUCGUUGCUCAACAUGCUUCUGGGAUCUAGAAAAAUAGUAUAUAAAACCUUAAUUAAAGACUGCAUGUCUGCUGCAUGCUAUUUGUAUCAAGAAAUGAACUGCACUCCAAGUAUGACAAUGGACCAUUCUGGAAGUUGCAAUGUUGCAGUGGCAAUGGCUUUACCUGAAGCUAAACAGUGUGCAUGUGUUUCCCUGAAUAAACUUCUCUUAUUGAUUAUUGAGCUUGAUUCAUCAAGGAACUUAGCAGACUCGCAAGGCUUGACCACUAGAUCUGAUGGUGUAAGGACCCCCGUUUCCGAGAUUAUUCUGGAUGAAAUAACUUAUAAUACCGAUGCUCUCUCAUUUUUUCAGAUAUUUGAUGAGCCCGAACAGAAGCUAAAGUUAAUUGUGCAUUAUCUCCAGAAGUACAUUCCCAAGAAAGAAAUAGAUGAUUCAGAAAACCCUGGAUUGUGGGAUAAUUUUUUCCAAGGAACAAACUUCUGCUCGCACAAGGUCAAAUAAUAGCACAACAAAUGAGGCAACAUUUGAGAGUAUUUUGAAGUGCUUUUCAAACGGAAACAGUACAAAAAAUAUCAUAAAGAAAAUCAACGGCGAGGUUGCACAGUUGCUUCUAGGACAUGCAUUUGAGGCUUACUUGUCCAUGUCAAUGCGGUGGUCGCGUGAAUGCAAUACAGAUUUUGGGGAAGGUGUCAAAAACACCACUCUUCCUGAAAUCUGCCAGAAAAUAAUUACUGCUUUUACGUGGAUUGAACGAGAAGACAGGGUAAAAGAACUUUCGCAAUUUGGUAAAGAAACGCUAUUUACUGCAGCAACCAUCCUCUCCGCCAACUCAUAGGAUAGGGAUGUACAGGACUGUAGGAGGGAGGGAAUGAGGGAGUAGUACUAAAUGUGGGUAUUAUUGCUUUUGAUGAGGAUUCUGUAUGCAUUAGAAUGAGCAAUUGCCUAUUGCUUGUUUUUAAAAUUUGUAGCAUGUGUGUUCCUUCCACACUUCUCCCAAACCUAUAGGAGGUAGCAAAAUUGGCUCAGGCCUUGUUUUUGGGGUAGGUUCUAGUUCUUCGUUUCAGUUUUUAAAAUGAAAAUUAAAGUUUUAUACUCCCAUCCCAUUGGAUUUUGACAGCUUUUCUUCUUUGUUUGUCCCAAGAACUAUGCUGCUUUCGUUUUACUGCUUUCGUUUUAAAGUAAUAAAUUUGCGGCUCUCCUCUUUUCC